GUGGGCUUAAAAAGAGCUCCAGUUCUGGUGAAAGUCGCACAUCUGAAAAACUCAGAGCGAGCGAUUCAGACAGAAUGAUGGGCCUCCUCUCUCUCCUGCUCCUCUUCAGCACAACUCUACUGAUGUCCACUUCUUCUUCUCAUGCCAGUGGAGCAGCAGCCCUGUGCUGCCUGGAGUUUAAAGGCACUAUGGUGCGCCGUGACCUGGUCAAGCGCUACUACCUACAAGACACAGCCCUGUGUAACAUCAAGGCAGUAACGUUUGUCACAGUGAAAGGUAUACGAAUCUGCUCUGACCCUUCGAACCCCUGGGCACAGAAAACCAUGCAGUACCUUAACAAGAAGAACAAGCCUCACACACCGAAAAAACAUCACAUCACAUCAACUACUACUACUACUACUACGACUACCACCACCGCACAACCAGCAAAAAACAACCCUUACAAAAUAACAUUUUCAGCUCACAACCCAAAAAUUGCAUCUCAAUGGCCAACAACUCUCACCACAAGACAAUGAAGAACAUAGCAUUUUCCGGUUACCUCAUAGUAAAUCAGACUAUUGACUUUGAAUAAUUGAACAUUCUCAAAAUGCAGUGUUCAUAACCUUUAUAUAUAUAUAUAUAUAUUUUUUUUUACAAUGUACAAUAUUUAUGUCACUUUAAUGAGUAUCUGGUUACAAUUUAUUUGGAUAGUCCGGAUAGUCCAUCUGUAGAUAUUUUAGAUGGUCAUACUAUCAACAAACUAU